GACAACCACCCACCGCAUCAACAAGGGGAGGAAGGAAGAUAGGCAGCAAUAUUAUUAUAUACAAGAGGCGCAGAAGCGAAGAGGACGAAGAAGGGAUCGUCGACAGGUGGGAUUGUGGAUCGCGUGGAGGAUAGGAAAAGGGGAAGAACGAAAGAUCAAGAAAGGAAUCCAUCCAUCGAUCUAUAUAUCCGUCGUUGAUGGCAGAGACGAGAUGAGAACAGGGGAAAGAAAAGGAGGAAGAGAAACAGAUCGAAAGGGAGGAAGGCAGCUCCGAUCCACAUCUUUAGAUCCAGAUUCAACUGUGUACUUGUUCUGGAGGUCUCAUUUCAGACGUUGAAACCAUCAAGGAUCGGAAUCCUGCAAGAAUUUUGGUGGCACAUCUUCAGUUGAUGAUUGUGGAUCUUGUCAGGGAACAUGCUGCAUGACAUAGGGCUUGAAAUUUCUGGAGCUAGAGAUCCUAACUUGAACUGGAUGACAGCUGCUAAGGGCAGGCAGUGGGCUGUCAGACGAGCUAGAACUUCAUUUGCUGAGGGAAGAAGGAAGAAGUCUGUGGUCAAAAGUUCCAAAGGGAGUGAGGUUACUAUGGAUAAGGACACCAGGAGAACAAAAGACAUCCCUGUUUCUGAUUCUGAGAAGGUCGGUGUAAGUAUUCUUGGCCAACACUUUAGUGAAUCCCUCGAAAUUGUUCCCAUAAAGAAAAGGAGAUUUCUGUUUGUUAGUUCUCCAUCAUCGCCACUGCAAUCUUCUUAUUCAGAUGAUUCCGAUCACCUGUUAGAAAGCCAGCCUGCUUCAUACCAGGAGCCUUUAGCAUAUAACAAACAUCAUGAAAGGAGAUUUAUUGCUAGCAAAAGAACUAGUUUGAAUGAUGUAAUUGAAGAGGCCACUGAUGCUGCAGAUUUCUCUGGUAUUUCGAUAUUGGCCACUGCUGCCUGCAACAGUGAAGUGGUGGCUGACGCUAUACAUUCUGGAAGAUUAGUUUCAAAAGGAAAUUCUUCUAGAGAAGACCAUUUGGAAGACACUGAUGGUGAUGAAUCAUAUUCCUCAUGUAAAGAUUUGCAAGAAAACCAUAAUGUCUCUAUGGAAAAUUGUCUUACCUUCGUUCCUGCUGAAGAUGAUACGAAGUGUGAUGGUUUGCAGAAUCAAAAGAACUUCAUGGGGUCCCUGCAAAAUGUUUCAGAUAAAAUAAAGUCUUCCACUGGUUCAAGGCUUCACUGGGACCUUAACACUGAAAUGGAUGCAUGGAAUAACAAUUUUGAUGAUGUAAUUUCCGAGCCACUGGCCACUGACCUUGUAGCUGAAAAUGGUAACUCAAAUGAGAAGCUGGAAGGCUCAAAAUCUUGUGAAUGCCAGGUAGAGAAUGGAGAAAAAUCAUGCCCUACAGAACUUGGUGAAAGCUUAAUGGAGACAGCUGGCAUUGCAAGGGAUCACUGUGCUUUUGUAGCUGAUGAGAUAUUGGAAAAGCCUGAUUUAUGUAAUGGGCUUUCAGCUUCCAAUUAUGAGAAAGCAAAGCAUUGUCAUAGUUUGAUUGAAGCGGAGCAUGACUUGGAUGCUACUGCUGUUUCUUUGGUGAACUUUACUGAAGAAGCAAAGCUCAUACACAACCAAGGGAACAACAUCUUCAUUAAUGAUAAAGCAAAGGGUGAUGCGAGUUCUCGGCUUGAGGGAGAAACUGAACCAAUGCUUUCUCAUUUGCCUUUUUGUGAGAAUGUUGUUGGUGACUGUAAUACCCAUGCAUGUAAAUUCGAUCCAAACAUGGCCCAAUCAAUCAGUAAACCUGUCAGAGAUGAAAAUGGAAGUGUUGAUGCAUCUAAUGCUGAUAACAGCUUUGAUGAUCAUUGCCCGGCUAAUGCAGGACAGUCUAUUCACAUAACCAGCACUCAGAUUGAGAAGCAUGGACUUCUGAAUAUUGUAGAAAAUGAUAAUCAGUCUCCUAUCCUUGCUGAGAAAGCUACUAGCUUAUUGUUUGAUGGAGAUAUAGGCAGGAAUUUGGUGGUAGCACGUGGCACAUCUGGUGAAACUGUACAUUCUGAUGGCUUAGAUAUUACCAAUGGCAACUGUGCUGAUAAAUCUUCUGGAACACUGUGCAUGAGCCCUUCCCUGUCAAAUGCUCAUCAACACAAGAGCCCAGGGUCAUGUGAUCCUAACGAGCUGACUUCUGAGGCCACAUGUGCUGCUAAAUAUGAAGAGACGGCAACAAAUAUGAAGGUUGAUGAUAACAAUGGUUUUGGUGCCAAGGCCUCUGUUCCUGUUUCAGCUGUUGUAUCUAUGGCCGAAACUGAUGCCAGCUUGGUAGAUGGUGCUGUGGACACUCAAGAGGCAGAAAAAAACAUGGAUAGCUCUGUAAAUUCGCAUUGUGACCAUAAAUCAGAUGCAUCUCAAGUUGAUAGUGUCCAAGUCACUGGCCUGGAAAAAGACAACCUUCUGGGAGAUGAUGAUUCUCAAUUUGAGGAUGGUGAAUUGAGAGAAACUGUUCUGCAUGACUGGGGAGAUGGAAUUGAUGAAGGGGAAUCUGAACAUGUGGAUUAUGGAUCCGAGUCCGACAACAGAGAGAAUGAUACCUUUGAAGCAGAUUCUGCAUUACCUGCUUCUACUUCUUUCUCUUCUGAGGAUGUGGCAUGCAAAGAGAGCAAUAUGUCAGAUGCUGAUGGACCACCUACUGGCAAGGAUAGUCAGGUUGCUCUUUCUCAACCCCCAUCGAAGUGCUCAUCCAAAUCAGAUGGUUCAGAUGCAGUACAAGGGAAGAAAACCAUUGGGGUUAUUGGUGCAACAGAUCACGUAAAUCAUUUGACAUUAACAAGGAAAAGAAAGCAAAGAAAUGUUACUGAUGCAUUGGCAUCAGUUCCUGGUAGUGAUAAGCCAGUGAGAUACAAUGGAUGUCACAAUGAAGGUGAUAGCACAAGGGAACCUUCAACAUGUGAGAGAACAAAGUUGUCAGGAUGGGAUCGGUUGCCUGGAGGCCGUCGGAAUACCGGAGAUAGCUUUUUGGACCCUCGUAUUGGUUCUGCUAAACAAGAUGAGACUGCCAGUUCCUUAGAUGUGUUUGGUGAUGAUGAAUCAUCAGUAAGAUCUGGCUCCUCAUUCAGGGAAGGGUUAUCAUCUCAGGUUGAGAGGCCAAACUACUCAGAUGAGUCAUAUAGGAAGGACAAAUUUUAUCCCAGAUUAAGCAGGUCGAAGAAUCAUGAUAGUCUAGAUGCAAAAGCUGAAAAGAAUGCUGGUGCUUCUAAAUCAUCAGGGUGGGGUGGAUCAUUCCGGGAUACCCAAGGGAGGGGCAGGGAUAAACAUUGGUUUGAUCCUUCCAAUCGCCAUGGUAACAGGCAUCAUGAUUCACCAGGCUACUAUGACACACCCAGUUUUGCUCGACCUGCUUCAAGGAAUGCAGCUGCAGCUGCCAUUGCCAAGGUAGAGAGUAAUGGCUUUGUUGUUGCACCUGAUGGUACCUUAGUUAAGGCAGGUGGUGCUGGAACUUCUGGCUGUGUGAUCAGACAAUCUGCGAAUGCUUCUUUGCAAAGUGCACAUCCUUCUCUUUCCAGAUGGGGGUCACAGCCUGAGAGAGAUCUGGCAUGUGGUAUGCAGAGAAGACAUAAAAAUUCAAGGGAGAUGAGUCCUGAUAGGCACUUCAUUGUUAGUAGGGGCCAGGUUGAUAAACAUGCUAUUGAAAUGGUCAGGGAUCGGCAUUGCAGACGUCGGCCAGAUGACAUGAUAGAAUCGUCCACAGCAGCGGACCAUUUAUCAACAAGAGAUCGAAGUUUCUCACCAUGCAGAGGGCAUAUUCAUCUAUCUCAUUCACGCACCAGAUCUUCAAGAUCUAGAACCCGCUCCCCUCUUCGUUGGGCAUCGCCAAGGAGAAGAAAUGACAUUGGCAUGAAUGAUGUCCCUGUUUCUCGCAGACGCAGCAGGUCUCCGAUAGCUAGAAUGGAGAGGAUGAGGUCACCCCACCCACAACCUACUUUUGAGGAACGCAUGAUAACUUACGGUUCAGCAUCCAGGACCUUUGCUUCAUCGUUACAUGCUUCGAGAUGGAUUGAUGAAAGGAAGGAUUCAUCCAAUCAUCCAAAGGAACAUGAGUACAAGCGAUAUUCUGGAAGAAGCUCACCUGUGAAGGUGUUUAGAAAUCAUAGGUUGGAUUCCAUGGAUUCACAAGGAAGACCAAAGCCUGAUGAUUACUAUCAUCAUCUUCACUCUAGCAGCAACCCAGAAUUUGAUGGUUUUGGCAGGGGAUACAAGUCUGAGGAUAGUAAUAAUAGAAGACGGGGCGGCGGUAGUAAAUAUGAAGUGCUUCAUUCUAUGAGGCAGUACAACAUUGAUAAGAAUGAGAAGCGCUUCAGGUAAGAUGUGUUGAGGUAUGCAGGUUCAUGAUUCUGGGCACAGACCCGCAGGGUUUCAGCAUAGAGGGAGCCCAAGAGAACCUUGCAGACCUAGAUAAGCGAUGGAAACAAUUGGAGGGCAAAUGCUGAUACCAGUUUCGUGUCAUAUGGUAUCCAAAGGUUCAAAGACUGUAAAGCAUAUACAUACUUUGGUCUGCUGCUUUUGUGGGAUAACUAAAGAGACUGAACCCAUUAAUACUUCAUUUUUUUUUAGUGAAGCGGUGUCGAGGAAUGCUGUCUCAUAUUUAUACCUUGUAAAGAAGGUUGGUUACAUUUUAUGUUGAAAGUUAGAUUUUUGAGCGGGGGAUGCCCUCCCUUUUAUAAUCCCACUGCGACAUAACUGAUUACUGAAAUUUCAUUCUGUGCCCAUCGAUGGUUAGCCUACAUUUUGAAUGUAGUGACAAAUACCAAUUGAAGUUUUGAACCUGUCUUCUAUGGAAAUGUGCCACUGGCUUUUUUUGCA